AAAUUCUAUAUCGCUGUCAUUAAUGGCGAUGCCAUUGAAAGGUGUGGACGUGAUACUUUUUGUCGGUUCAGUAGCAACGCGAAAUAUUUUUUCUCAAAUUCAAUUUCAAUUAAUUUUAUUCGUCGUUUGUUUUACUGCAGCCCUACGAUUAUAAUUAAAUCUCAAUAUUGUUUUUGCAUAUUUCGAAGUGCUUUUAUGUGUUAAAUAAACUAGAAUUUCGUAAAAUAAACAAAUUAUUAAUAAUAAUUUGUUUCGUCGUUCUCUGUGCUCUCAAGGAGGACAUUUUUUUACAAUCUACAUAAUUUUUCCUUCCGUUCCGACUACGUUAAAAAUCCUCCCAAAUCAGAAAAGGAAAUUUAUAAAAAAAAGCACACAAAAUAAAAUAGUUUAGUGCAAAAAUUGCAAAUUAAAUGCGAUAAAAAAGACGAUGAAUUUAAUGUGAAAACUAAGAAAAAUUAGCAAAAAAAAAAAAAAAAAUAUUCGAAUUUUUUUUUGUCGUGUUUUAUACCUUUUGUGUUUGUUCCGUGUGUGUUUGCUUGCUUACUGCUCGCAAUCAGCAGCCCGCAGCUCUAGCAGCAGCAGCAGCAUUUUGAGCUGUUGUUGUUUUGUAGUCGUGUUUGUGUGUAGUGUAGUGGUGGCGGAUAAAAUACAAGAAAAAAAAAAAAGCGAUUUGGACUCUGGGACGACGACGUGAGGUAUUUUUCAGUGACCCGUGAGUGAUUGGGUUAGAAAAUUGCCCAGAAGAGCAGGAAAACAGAUUUUUUUGUUGAUUGUACUUGAAAGUGUAAAGAGGCGAUGUCCGAAUCGGGGUCGCCAGCAAGAAGUCAUCACAGCCGCCGUCAAUUGCGCGAAAGGAAACAAAGAAAACUUUACCUAGAAGAAUGGACUUUGGGUGACGAUGAGGGAGUUCGAGGAUUCAGCGUUGCUGAAAAAUUGGAAUCUCCAAAGUUUGCUCAAGCCGGCAUGGUGCGGGAAAUGAGAGGUGCCGAUUUGACUGUUGGUUUUCUCCAACAAUAUGGCUUCAAUAUCCCACUUUUGUUUCGCGAUAAGGCUGGCCUGGGCAUUCGAAUGCCUUCACCUCAAGAAUUCGAGGUUAACGAUGUCCGAUUGUGCGUGGGUUCCCGUCGCAUGUUGGAUGUUAUGGAUGUUAAUACACAAAAAAAUCAUCAGAUGACCAUGAAAGAAUGGGAGCAUUAUUACGAAAGCACAGAUAAACGUCGACUGUUGAAUGUAAUUUCCUUAGAGUUCUCACACACUCGAUUAGACUCCUUCAUACAGAGCCCCGAUAUCGUUCGAUUAAUAGAUUGGGUCGAUGUCGUUUGGCCAAAACAGCUGAAAGAUGCACAAACGGAAGGUACCAAUGUCCUUGGUGAUAUGAUGUAUCCCAAAGUACAGAAAUAUUGCUUGAUGUCGGUGAAGAAUUGUUAUACAGAUUUUCAUAUAGAUUUUGGUGGUACCUCAGUAUGGUAUCACAUAUUGAAAGGCAGCAAAGUAUUCUGGCUUAUACCGCCCACUGAAAAAAACCUGCAGUUAUAUGAAAAAUGGGUUCUGUCCGGGAAACAAUCGGAUGUUUUCUUUGGCGACACAGUUGAAAAGUGCGCAAGAGUGUAUCUAACAGCUGGCAAUACGUUUUUUAUUCCCACAGGCUGGAUACAUGCUGUGUAUACUCCAACAGAUUCGCUUGUAUUUGGAGGAAAUUUUCUACAUUCCUUUGGCAUAGUCAAGCAGCUCAAAACCGCUCAAGUUGAAGAUUCGACUAAAGUGCCGCAAAAGUUUCGAUAUCCCUUUUUCACAGAGAUGCUUUGGUAUGUGCUGGCACGCUAUGUCUUUGCCCUUCUUGGCCGUUCUCAUCUAGAAGGUGAACCGUCCAUAUCAGAGGUAGAAAUCGAACACAAACCACAUGUUCAUUUAACUCACUAUGAACUCUUCGGCUUGAAAGAGAUUGUGAUGUAUUUGUAUGAUCUGCCACCACAAAAGAAGAAUGUACCAGAAUUAGUGCGAGACCCAGUGGCAUUGAUUAAGGAUGUUCGAACUCUUGUAGAGCGUCACUGCAAAGAUAAGCCUGAUAUGGCUAUUACUGGAGAACCAGUACUCAAGCCACAACCCAACAUGCAGCCUGAGUUCCAAAUAUAUGACCGUAUGAAAGUAAAGGAACAAAUUAAGCUUGAAAUUGCCCGUAAAAAUCAAGAGUUAUUUCAAGAGCAUACCCAAUUGACGGAAUCUUCAUGCUCAGUGGCGACGGCUGAAGAAGAAAAACCACUUGAAGAAUCAAUCAAAGAGGAGCCAUUCUCAAAUGGUCAUUUUGAUAUAUUGGCUGUAUCCAGUUGUGGUAGUAGUUCUGCAAGUGGUAGUACCCCGUCUAUAGAGGAUAUGAAUUUUGUAUCGCCAUCUAUUACAAAAACAAAACCUCCCAAAAAGAUGAUAAGUGCUGCAGUGGCAGCAGCGGCUGCCGCUGCUGCAUCGGCAACUAGUGUAAGUUGUACCAAUAUAUUGCCAUCUGAUCUGCCAUAUACGACAACCAAUGCGACAGUUACCAGUGCUGGUUUAGUAGUAAACCAAAAUACUGUGAUAGUCAGUGCCUCCUCGUCCAGCCAAAGUAGUUCUGUCGAUUCUAAAACAAAUCAAAACCAGCCUAGACGUCGUCGUACUCGCUGUAAAAUAUGCGCCGCAUGCCAACGUUCCGAUUGUGGAGAGUGCAGCUUUUGCUUGGACAUGGUCAAAUUUGGAGGCCCAGGGAGAGCAAAACAAACUUGCAUGAUGCGGCAAUGUCUUUCGCCAAUGUUACCGGUUACUGCACAAUGCAUUUACUGUCACUUAGAUGGAUGGCGCCAAACGCCAGUUUCGCCUCAGGCUAAGUUACAAGCUGCUCUUGAAGGGCCAUCGGCUUUGAUGGAAUGUUCGGUGUGCUAUGAGAUUGCUCAUCCGGAUUGUGCUGCACUUGCAAAUGGAAUGACAGAAGAUGUCAAAGGUAUCAUAAAUGAAGAUCUACCCAAUAGUUGGGAGUGCCCGACGUGUUGUAAGUCUGGCAAAAACACAGACUAUAAGCCACGCCAUUUUCGUGCUCGACAAAAAUCAUCUGAAGUCCGAAGAGUAUCCUGCAGCAGCGAUGUUAAUUCAAUCACCGAUGGAAGACACUUCCAUGAAAAUAACAGCGGUGGAUCAAACUCAGCUACAAACACAAAUAAUAAUGCUCAACACCAUGAUUUUGUUUUCUCUAGUGAAUCCGAAAUGGAAACCAUAAGUUGCAAGAAAGAACUCAAACGUUCAUCGAUGGCCACUAAAGAAGUCUCAAGUAUUAAAACUGAAAAAAAUGACAAUAACAUUCACAAUUUAGAAAGCAACAACUGUCGAAAUUUAAACCCAAGUUCAACAAAAAGAAGAAAAAGUGACGAAACAAGUUCAAGUUGUAGUGCAUUGCAAGAUCAAAACCAUCAUCUUAACUCGGAAAUGUUGGAAACAAAUUCAAGUGGUUUAGCAGCAUCAUCAACAGCCACAACUACAACAACGACUAUAACAUGCUCGGCCACAGCACAACAACGUAAAAAGAACUCGAUACGUUCACAAUUGGCUCAACAAAUGCUAAAUUCUUCGACAAGAGUUUUAAAGAAACCAUUGUAUGCUAUCCGACCAACACCAUUUCAACAGCCUACAACGCAAUCUCCUUCGAAUUUAGCUUUAGAUGCGACUCUUUUGAAGAUUGUUUUUCGGUAUUUACCACCCGAGUCUUUGGUUACGUGUAGUUCAGUGUGCAAAAUCUGGUCAAAUGUAUCCGUUGACCCUGAUCUAUGGAAAGUUAUGAGCUGCGCCGAGCACAAAUUAUCAGCUUCGCUGUUGAUGGCAAUUGUUCGUCGGCAACCUGAGCACCUCAUUCUCGAUUGGACGCAAAUAGCCAAACGACAAUUGGCUUGGAUAAUUGCUCGUAUGCCAGCACUUAAAAAUUUGAGUCUACAGAAUUGUCCAAUCCAAGCAGUUUUGGCUCUGCACACUUGCCUUUGUCCUCCAUUGCAAAUCUUGGACUUGAGUUUUGUACGAGGACUAAAUGACUCUGCAAUUCGAGAUAUUCUUUCACCACCAAAAGACUCACGACCUGGUCUCACCGAUUCGAAAUCUCGAUUAAGAAUUCUAAAAACGCUUAAAAUCGCAGGAACAGACAUAUCGGAUGUUGCUCUGCGUUACAUCACACAAGGGCUGCCUUCUUUGAUUCAUUUAGAUUUAUCAUCAUGUCAGAGAGUGACUGAUGCCGGAGUAGCACAAAUAGGAACGUGUCCGAGUGCCAUAAGCACCCUAGUUGAGUUGAACUUGAGUGGGUGUCGUUUGAUCACCGAAUUGUCGCUUGAUCAUCUUAGUAAAUGUGAAAUGUUGACUUGGUUAGAUUUGAGACAUGUGCCACAAGUUUCAACACAAGCUGUGAUCAAGUUUGCUGCCCGAUCUAAGCACGAUUUAUGUGUGAAAGAUGUGAAAUUAGUGGAAAAGCGAAAGUUGCCCUUGAGAUAUUAAAUAGUCAUUCGUUAGAGACAAUCAGGCGGAAUUAUGUAUUUUUUUUUUCCAACUGAAUAUCUUAAUGGUAAGUAGUUUUUUUUAGUUAAGAAAACAAAAAAACCUUUAUAUAGUUAUCUUGCCAAAAUUAAACAAAUAUUUUAAUCACAACUAACAACUAAUAAUGAUUCGAAAACAAGUGUGUUAAGCAAUUUAUUCAAUUUCAUUGCUGUAAAGCAUUGGUAUUUCCGUUAUAUAAAUGGCAAAAUCUUUGUGUAUCUAUUUUAUAUUUUUUUUACGACCGAAUUUUAUAAUAGAA